UGGUUCUCAUUACUAGGGCGGUGGGUACACAGGGGUAUAGCUCUCACUGCACAAAACUUGUCUGCUCUUCUAACACUCAUCGUUUCCUGUUUUCCAGCGUGAUGCAUCUGUGGCUUCCUGCAAAUUCCUGCAUAGCAGCUCUGACUGUAAUACUGAUGGUGCUGAACCCUCCUGGGGCUUUGAGCAGGGACACCAGAUCCCGUUUCAUGGAGUACGUUAAAUCGGAAUGUCACUUCUCCAAUGGCACAGAGCGAGUGCGCUUCCUGGAGAGACACAUCUUUAACCUGGAAGAAUAUGCAAGAUUCGACAGCGAUGUGGGGGAGUUCCAAGCUGUGACAGAGCGGGGAGAGGCUGCAGCCCAGGUCUGGAACAGGUGGAAGGAUGCCCUGGAGCAGGAGCGGGCCACAGUGAACACUUUCUGUAGAUUCAACUACGAGGUUUCCCAGAACUUGACUGUGCAUCUGAGAGCUGAGCCCAAGGUGAACGUGUACCCCACAAGGACCCAACCCCUGCAGCACCACAACCUCCUGGUCUGCUCUGUGAGUGGCUUCUACCCAGGACACAUUGAGGUCAGAUGGUUCCAGAAUGGACAGGAGCAGGAGACUGGGGUGGUGUCCACAGGCCUGAUCCAGAAUGGAGACUGGACCUUCCAGACCCUGGUCAUGCUAGAAACUGUUCUUCAGAGUGGAGACGUUUAUGCCUGCCAGGUGGAGCACGUGAGCUGGAGCAGCCCUGUCACGGUGGAGUGGAGGACACAGUCUGGAUCUGCACAGAGCAAGAUACUGAGUGGAGUUGGGGGCUUCUUGCUGGGUCUGCUCUUCCUUGGGGUGGGGAUGUUCAUCUACCUCAGGAGUCGCUUGGGCUCCUGAGCUGAAGUGAAGGUGACAACUCUGAAGGAUUUAUGUCCCUGCCUUUCCAGUUGUGCCAGCAUUCUUGCUUGAUUCUUAUGCUUCCAGAAAGAGAAAGACUAUCACAGGGCCAGGUUCUCCACAGGACAUGUCUUCCCUGAGGUUGUUUCCUGCAACCCUGUCCCUGACUGGGAUGCCCCAGUACAGACUGAUCAGCUUCAAAUUCUGCUGGCUCCUUUGUGUUUAACUUGACUUCCUCCCCGGCUUCUGAAUUCACAUUGUGCCACAAUAUUUUGUUAAAUUUUUCUCAAAUAAAUAUAGAUUGAAAAAUCAUUGGCUCUAUACAGCUUUAAGGACAAAAAAUAGAAAAGAGAAA